AUGCAGGGAAGAACAGUGAUCUUGAUUGCGCACAGAUUGUCAACCAUCAUUAAUGCAGAUGAAAUCGCGGUCGUAGAGAAUGGACUGGUUAAAGAGACAGGAACACACAGUACCUUGUUGGAUACCAGCAAAUUUUACAACAGCUUAUUCAACAUGCAGAACAUCAGUGUUGUUCGUGAUGAAAGAACUGAUAUAUCUUCGCAAGAUUCUGAAAUUGACCAACCCCAUGGCUCACCUCAAAGCAGAGUUUUAAGUGAAAAAGGUGCAAAGACAGAAGAAAGCCUCAGAGAAGAUCCUGAGCAAGAGGAGCACGAGAAAAGAUUAGAAGCAGUCCACUUCUUUAGAAUCUGGUUUGGGUUAAGGAGGAAGGAACUUGUCAAGACAGCCAUAGGCUCCUUUGCAGCAGGUUUCUCUGGAAUCUCAAAGCCUGUUUUUGGGUUCUUCAUCAUAACAAUAGGUGUAGCAUAUUACCAUGAACAUGCCAAGCAGAAAGUUGGACGGUACUCAAUCGCAUUCUCCCUUAUAGGGUUGCUAUCAUUAGUCUCUCACAUCUUGCAGCAUUACUACUUCGGUAUGGUCGGUGAGAAGGCCAUGACAAACCUUAGAAAAGCUCUCUUUUCAGGUGUACUGCGCAAUGAAUUCACUUGGUUUGAGAAACCCGAGAACAGCAUUGGGUUGCUUACUUCGCGAAUCAUCAAUGAUACAUCCAUGGUGAAAGUGAUAAUAUCUGAUCGCAUGUCUGUAAUUGUCCAAUGCAUAGCUUCUAUACUGAUUGCUACGGUAGUUAGCAUGGUUGUAAACUGGAGAAUGGGUCUAGUAGCUUGGGCUGUGAUGCCUUGCCACUUCAUUGGUGGGCUCAUUCAAGCCAAGUCAGCCAAAGGAUUUUCCGGCGACUCUGCGGCAGCACAUCGCGAAGUUGUUUCCCUAACUUCUGAGUCGGCAACAAACAUAAGAACUGUAGCAUCUUUUUGCUAUGAAGAGCAAAUUCUGAGGAAAGCCAAGUCAGCAUUGGAAGUCCCAAAGAAAGAGAGCAGGAGAACUAGUAUCAAGUACGGAAUAAUUCAAGGAUUCUCUCUUUGCUUAUGGAACAUUGCACAUGCAGUUGCCUUGUGGUACACCACGGUCUUGGUCGAUAGACGCCAAGCCUCAUUCGAAGAUGGCAUAAGAUCGUACCAGAUUUUCUCUCUCACGGUACCUUCUAUUACGGAGUUGUGGACACUGAUCCCCACCGUAAUAUCGGCCAUGAGCAUACUCACUCCUGCAUUCCAGACCCUCGACCGAAAAACUGAAAUCGAACCAGAUGUGCCGGAAAAUACGCAUCUUGGGAGGAUCGAAGGAACUGCUGAGUUCCAGAACGUCAAAUUCAUCUACCCAUCACGACCAGAAGUCACUGUUUUGAAGAACUUCACGUUGAAAAUUGAAGCCGGGAUGAAGGUAGCUCUCGUCGGGCCAAGUGGAGCUGGAAAGUCCUCUAUUCUGGCCCUUCUGCUGAGGUUCUACGAUCCUAUGGAAGGAAAGGUGCUCAUUGAUGGGAAGGACAUAAGAGAAUACAAUCUGAGAUGGUUGAGGACACAAAUAGGGUUUGUGCAACAAGAGCCCAUCCUAUUUAGUUCCUCCAUUAGAGAAAACAUCUGUUAUGGAAACAGCGGAGCUUCGGAAGCUGAAAUAAUAGAGGCGACGAGGCAGGCCAACAUACAUGAGUUCAUAAGCAGUUUGCCGGAUGGCUACGACACCCUAGCCGGGGAGAAAGGCUGCCAACUUUCUGGGGGACAAAAGCAAAGAAUAGCCAUUGCAAGAACACUGCUGAAGAGGCCGGCAAUGCUGCUCCUGGACGAAGCGACGAGCGCCCUCGAUGCUGAAUCCGAAAGGAGUAUCGUGAGUGCUCUAGAAGCAGCAAAUGAGUCCGAUAUCGGUGGCCUCUUGUCCCGGACCACCGUCAUUACAGUAGCACAUAGGCUGUCCACCAUAGUAAAAUCAGACUGCAUCAUAGUCAUGGACAAGGGGGAGAUCGUGGAGACAGGUCCCCAUUCGACGCUGAUCAGAUCAGCAAGUGGAGUGUAUUCCAGACUGUAUAAGCUCCAGAGCUUCAAAGAAUGAUCAGGUACCUAGGUAUGAGUUCUAUCAUGAGAAUCGAAUGAAGAAUUACAGACGGAUAGAACCAAAGAAAGAUGGAAAAGCAGUAGAACUAGGAAUGGUCGAAUAACACACAGAAGGUGCACACUGGACUCCGAAUGCAUUUCUUCGAGUCCCGCAUCGAGAAUUAUCAUUCGUAGCAAAUGAAAUCUAACGUUUGCUUUCUUUUUCUGAAA